GAGUGUUCUGUCUUGCUGCGCUGUCUAAAAUAAUUUUAUUCAGUAUUGUUUUGCUAAAUUACAAAAAUUCACGAAAACUGCACACAAAGGCGCUAUAAUGUCCAACAAAAUUGAGGAAGCCCAAGAACACAUCCGGCAGGCGGAAAAAAGCCUCAAAACAUCACUGUUAAAAUGGAGACCAGAUUUUGAUGUGGCUGCUGACGAAUAUAAUAAAGCUGCAAUUUGUUUCCGGAAUGCAAAAGCGUUAGAUCAAUGCAAGGAAUGCUUGCUGAAAUCAUCUGACUGUCACAGGCAAAAUCGGGCUAUCUUUCAUGCGGCCAAGUGCCUGGACCAGGUGAUCCUAAUCUGCAAGGAUAUGAACAAUUUGACAGAGGUUCGCAAGUACGCAGAGAAAGCUUGCAACCUCUACCAGCAGCAUGGAUCACCCGAGUCCGGAGCUUCGACGCUAGACAAGGCGGCAAAGAUCUUGGAGGCCACACAUCCAGAGGAUGCACUGCAAUUAUACAAGCAUGCAGUGGAUGUAGCCACAAUUGAAGAUUCGUCUAGACAGGGUGCCGAGUAUGCCAGCAAGGUCGCCCGUAUUAUGGUUAAACUGGGAAUGUACGAUCAAGCAGCGGAUGCGAUUCGGCGCGAGAUUGGCUUGCAUCAGCAGGUUGGGUCGGAAGCAGCUAUUGGCCGAUUAGCAGUAGUACUCGUGCUUGUUCAGCUUGCUCGAGGUGAUUAUGUAGCUGCCGAGAAAGCAUUCAAGGAAUGGGGCAACUGCUGCGACGCAGCUGAGGUGCAAACGCUGGAAUCGCUGCUUCAGGCAUACGACGACGAAGAUCCCGAGUUGGCCGCCCGUGCGUUGGCUUCGCCCUUUAUCCGGCAUAUGGACAUUGAAUAUGCACGACUAGCUAGAGAUCUACCACUACCGAAGGGCGUUUCUAUUGCGCCAAAAGCAAACGUUAUUGAGAAUGCUGCCGCAUCAUACGUUUCACCCAAUAGCGGUGCCGCUGAGGGUGGCAAGCCAGACACCGGGACCGGUCUCGACGACAUGGAGGAAGGUGGAUUAUGUUAGUAUGUGUAUUCAAUUCAGAAUGAUCGAGAUAGUGUGAAAUACGCAAAAGGUACUAUUAUUAUUGGUAUUGAUAGGUAUAUUUAUGCAAAGAUAUAUUAUAUAGGUAUAGCUUAUCAAAGCUCUUGGUAUGUAAAAAAUAUCUUAUUUAGAUUUUUAAGUUAAGGUAAGGUUGAAAUGGACACUAUCAAAGUCGUCUUUCUACAGAACGUUUAAAUCAGAUGCUUCUAGUCUUAAUGUACCUACAGUCUCAGAAAAAUGCGUGCCGGAUAUUGUUUUCUCUGCAUUGUCUAUAUUAUUGUUUGUCUUACUUGUUGAAAACUAGUAUCGGUACCUCUUAAAAGGACACGUGCUAAAAGUUUAAAAUAAGAGAAAAGCUAUUGAAUGUGUGUCGAACAGGCUUUACAGUCUGUUGCGCAUUUUCUGUAAAAUAAAAACUCGUACCGUCAUAUACCUAAGUAAAUCUUGGCAAAUGGACAAAGUAUGCAUUAGCAUUGCUGAAAAAAAGUCUCCCUCGCAUUUAGAAACGCUUAAAAGAUGAAGGUACGAAAGCUUUGUCCGAAAAUAUUUUAUAUUAUCCUAAAGCAAUGUUUGAUACCUAAUAACUAAAAAAAAUCACGAUGAAAUAAUUUCCAAUUUAUGUUUGAACCACAAUCGAGUACAUUUUCUAUAACUUGUUGCAAAAAAAAUCUCAUUGGUAUUAAAAAUAAUAAUGGUUAAUACUUCAUCGCAUAAUUUGUUGUUACACUUCUACGUUUAUUAGUAAACCGAGAGCUAAGCUAUGACUACUUUAGAACCCAACUUAUGUGCAUGUAAGCAGCCAUACCUAUGCACUGAAAAUGGGGCGUUCAGAUGUUUUGUGACUAUACCUUUAUGAAGUAUAUAAAGGGCUUGUAUUCUAAGUAACCCUCCGACAUGUGAAAAGUUUCCUCUGGCCGAAUCGAUGACUUUUUUGAACCUUUGGAAGCCUACCAAGGCUGUUAAGGUCGUACGCAGUGAUCGCCGCGUUAACUAGCGAUAAUAAUAUUAUCAAUGACUGAUCAGUUUCAUAGGCCAUUUUUAGUACUUGAACUAAUGUUUUUUUCAAAAUUCGAAAGGACAUUUUUUAACUAUUUUUUUUCUUUCUUGAGUGAAACAUUUGUAAAACCAUCCAUUUAUAUUUCAAGCGACUCAUAAGAAAAUUAAUGUUCUAUUUCCUUGAAAGGGUAUCAUACUAAAUUGAACUGUUCCAGAUGGCUCCAUUAUGUUGUGAAAUCGUAAUCGCUUUAAAGUGUAGAUAUGAGGGUGUAAAGAGACGAAACGCAAGCCGAACCAAAUUCCCACACAUAGUAAAACUGCAUGAGAACCCAUAUGAAAAAAAUGUUUAAAAUUGUUAAUUCUAUGAUAACAAGCGAAUGCAAGCGCUGUUUUAGUGUUUAGUACAGGUUUGCUCCUAGCAAUGCUUCAAUUUUUAUUCGCAUAAACAAGCCUCAAUCAAUAACUGCCUAUUAAGAGAAACGGCAGUCGGAUUGCGUCCUACUACGGUGCGGUGAAGAUUUAAAAAUAUUUGACUAAAUUUCAUUCUCUCUCUAUAAUAAAGCUAAUAAAAUCAACUGCUACUGCAGUAGCUCUUAAUGGCAUAGUAUACAUAAAAAUAUCAGAAAGCGUUGAAAAACUGACAAUUGGCUUGAAGCGUUUGCACCAAUUGGUCAAAGGCAUUUACGAAACACGUACGUACUAUUAAAACAAUAUUAAACCAUGUUGACGCAUUCAAUUGUAAUGAUAAUA